AUGGGUUCUUUCAAACCACUUCACGUCUCAGCCGGUCAAGAUGUUGUCGAGAGUUUUGGCGGAAUACUCACAACCGAAUUCCUGGACCCACCCCCAGGUCGGGGUUUUUACUUUCGACAGACAUACCGAGCGUCUGUCGAAAAACCAAUCGACGAGCGUGUACAAGAAGCCCUAGAAAAAGGCGGUAAACCAUCUGGUCCACCACCACAUUUGCAUCGCUACCAGACCGAGUAUUUCAAAGUCGAGGAGGGGCUGAUGGGUGUCAACAUUAAUGGUAACAUUGUAACGAAGACAGCUUCGGAUCCCGAGUUUAGCAUCCCGGCGAACGAGUUCCAUGGGUUUUUCCGACAUCCAGAUAGCAAGGGUCCGAUGACAGUCUUGCUGAGUGCGUCUGACUCUGGACGUGACUAUAAGCUUGAUCGCGUAUUCUUUGAAAACUGGUAUGGAUAUUGGCAUGACGCGUCUAUCUAUUAUGGAGGCAUGAACUAUAUCCAGUGGUUACAAAUCUAUGAUGCCGGUGACGCAUAUCCAUAUAUGCCGCACUGGUUGCCGUUUCGUAGAACAAUAUCUUACUGUUGGGGUGUUGCUGUGGGCCGCUGGCUGGGAGGGAUGUUGGGUUACCGGCCGUUCUUCCGCGAGUACACCACUGACUGGGAUCUGGCGGUCGAGAAGAUGAACUCUCACUUUUGGCUCCGAAGAGAUAGGAACCUUGAGUAA